AUGACCGCCGGCUCCCGAAACCCCCCUCCCGGGGGAGCAAGGCCUCCCCUCGCCGAGGGCAGCAGCAGCCACGACGACACGGCCGCGAGGGAGCAAAACACGACCCAAGACGCGCCCGGAUGCUCCAUCUGCGGCGAGCCCUGGACGCGAGCGCCCUCCCCGCCGCGCCGGCUGCCCUGCGGGCACGAGUUUCACGGCGCCUGCAUCGACCCCUGGCUGCUGGGACACUCGCGGACCUGUCCCCUCUGGCCCCAAGCUAACGGCGUCGUGGGGGACGAAUUUGCAACGACGCAGCCGCGACAGAGUGGCACCGCUUUCCUGCUGCCCGUCAGCGCUGCCGGCGCCGAAGCCCUCGCCGUCGCCGCCCGUCGUCGUUGCGCCCUCGCGGUGGAAUGUGCUCCGGCGAGGAGCAAGACUAGUUGA